AUGCUCUUUGACUUUUACUCCUUUCCAAAGGCCUGUGCGCCAGAUUUAAAGGGGCUCUUGCAUUACGAAGAAAGCACUCAAAAGCUGUAUCAUUGUGAUCAAAUAAUAUGGAAGUUCUGGAAUUCCCAAAGCAAAGUAAAAAUGCUGCCAUUAGUAUGCAUCUAAAUCAGAGCACACGUAGCUCAACAAAAAGCUCAAAUGAGCAGUAACGACUUAUAAGCCAAUCUAUAGUGUUUUUCACGAAAAAUAUAAUUUUCUGUCAAUUCUUUGGUAUGACUUGGAAAAAGAAUUAUCUUUUAAGUCCUUUAUCUUACUAAAGGAACAUCUACAGGAGCCUGUGCUCUCCCUACUGUUAAGUUCUAUAGUCAUUAUCUACAAAUGAUUCUGAAUUUUGCUAUUUUUGUGUGUGCUUCCCUAGUACACUCAGUUUAUGUUUUAUAUGGGUAAAAGAGAUUAUUUUAAUAUUUUUUCAUUGAAAGGAAUUCAAGUAACCUACUGUGAUGUCUUUAAACUUCUUUCCAAUAUAAGUUUCAAUAGGCUUUUCAUUCAUGAUGAAGCUCAACAAUGUGCACUAAUUUGACACUUGAAAUCCCAAGAGUUUC